CAUUGCACCUUGAAGAUCGUCCGGACUGGCGUUCCCUAGCAGAAUACUGGAAGUCAAUGUAACGUCUAAGACUAAACCUCUAUGUGGGCUGUCAUGCAUAUUCAAGUAUUCCCACUUGGCUUAAGCACCCAUAUUUGUUUCCUAUAUUUAACUGUCGUCCCUACUCAAAUCCGCUCUUUCCUUUUCCGGCAAUUCCAACGUUACACAACCCACCUUCACAUUCCACAACGCACAUUCCACCCAACCUCGCCUCAGCCUCCCGCAACCGACCACCUCACCUUCCGCAACCCUCCCUCACCCGCAACCAUCACUCUUCCCUCACCGUUUUCGACAGUCAGCUACAUCCAACAUGCGCAAUCCAGCUAAAGUAGCACUGCGAUCAGUCACCAUGUCCUCCGCACUACCACCGCGCCAACGCCAACACCUACGUUGGCGAAGCAAACAUCCACAUCUACAUU